ACAUCUAUUUAUAGAUGGAUUCGACUUUCAUAUAAUAUAUUUUACUUGUAUUUGUAUAUUGCUUUAAAUGCAAAUAUUAAAGCGGUGAAUAAUAUAGGAAACUGAAUAACAAUAUAAUUAAGACACGUCAGAUGUAUACAUCUCUGGUUGAAACACAGGCCUAUAGGAGGAUCUGUGCUCGAGGCUAUCGCAUUAGGCCAAUGUUUUGUCACAUGUUAAAAGCAUGUAAUUUGAGUGUGCGAGCGCUCGGUUAAUUACAGCGUGCAGACCGUAUUUUUAUUUUUUUUUAAAGCAUAUUUGCCAGAAGCAGGCGGAGCUAAGGAGGCUGAGAUGGAGGGAUGCUGCUGAAUAGCAGGUGGAGACCGCUGAUGUUUACGCGAUGCGCUCUGCUGAGGGAGGAUCAGAGGAAGCUGGAUAGCAGAUUAUUUUCGACGUGUCGUGAACAUUUCUCUCUGGAGGGUAUUUAUUUAUUUUUUUUGCCAUUUUUAAUCUUGCAGAGCGCAGAUUUACUCCCCGCCGCUCAGCAGACCGACCGGCUGUGAAAGGCUCCGUCUGUCUGUCGAGUCGCUGCAGGUCGCGACGAUGUGAAGCUCCAUCGUUGGGUCGACGGCCGCAGCCUUUUCCCUGAAACCUGAUAUUAUGCAGGGAACAAGGGGCACUGCACGGAUUCAAGGGGAACAAAGCACCGGUUCAGAAAACGUUUUACAAACUGGCAGUAUCAGCCAACUAUGGUCGACCCCUCGGAGGCUGAGGAGUGCAACAACAAGUGCAAAGGUCCACAGCUCGACACGCCAGCUGUGGCCACUGAAGACCUUCGUCUGCCAGAAGAGGCCGAUGGCACGACAACAGAGGAUGAUGGGGAUGCCGGUUUCGAGACGCCGCCCUCCGGCAGUUCUGAGCCGAGCCCCUGCCACACUGCUUUCCCGGCGGAGCCAGACGGCGCCUCUCAGGGGCCGCCCUCACCUGAGCAACCACAGACUCCGACUGCAAGAGAUCCGUCGCCAAAGUUGCACCUGGACCUGUACAACUUUGACUCACCAGUCGCAGAGGGCAGCCGUUACGUGUUGACAAGCCCUCACUCUCUGGAGGCGUGUGCACGAUGUGGGGUCAAACCCGUGGAGCUUCUGCCCCGCCCACUGGCUGACUUCGCCCGGGAGGCUCCCGGCCGCUCCAUGCGUGUUGCGACGGGCCUGUUCGAAGUCUACGAGAGAGACCGGCACGGCAAACUGAGGCAGUGCAGGGAGGAGAGGGAGAGGAUUGUUAGGGAGGAAAAAAGAAGGAUUCUGCAGGCGACAGUCAAUACCGGCAGCACUGCGUCACCCUCUGCUGUGGAGCAGCAGCGCAAAGCCUCCUCUGGCUCCUCUCAGCCAAAUAAAUCUGGGCCGGUGACCUCCAGCUCACCCCCUGAUAGAGCCUCUAGAGCCACAGCAUCAGGUCCAACAUCUAAAGCAGCUUCGGCUCUGUUAUCUAAAGCUCCCAACUCAAGUACAUCCCCUAAAUCUCAGUCCUCAAAAACUGCUUCCACAACCUCUACACCAUCCUUUAAAGGUGGUUUCCAAGGAUCUGCCAAGCAUUCACCCGAACAAGUAAAAACCACACGGCCGCUCUCGUCCGGCCCUCCACCAGUAGUCAUGAAGUCCUCAGGCGGUAAAUCUUCUAACACUUUCCCCAGAUCGACACCGAAAACCCCCUCCUUCCCUAGAGCAAACUCCACAUUAUCAUCAUCAGUGAAGAAGCCGGCAGUUCAGAGCUCUGGGACGCCUCUGAACGGCGUAACAGGAGCUCCGUUCUCUCAGCACAAUGGACACCUUGGCCUUGACUCCAAGGUGCCAGGAAAAAGCCAUUCGCUGGAGUCCUUACAGCGGAGGAUGGAUCCGGCCUGCUCUUCCACCUCCACCACCACAACCACUACUGCAUGCACCUCAUCAGAGUCGGGCGCUUCCUCUUCUUACAGCUGGGACGGCGCUCGAGAUUACUGGGCUAAAGUCUCCAGUCCUCGGGCUCGCACCAUGGCCACCUUCAACUCCCUGAUGGGCCGCAGCCUCAGCCUCGGCGACCUGAGCCACUCCCCGCAGACGACGCAGAAGGUGGAGCGCAUAGUGAGGGAGGUGAGGCGCCGAGGCCUGAAGGCCGUGUCCGAGCGCGACCGCAAGAUCGCAGCUCUGAUGCUCGCCAGAUACCAGGAGGAGGACAUCAUGAGUCAGACCCGCUACGUGGCUCACCUUCAGUGGGACAGUGAGCGCAGAAUGGACGAGCUACGGCGAGAACAGGAGGACAGGGAGAAGCAGCGCGCGGUGCUCCAGUGCCAGCGGGUGUGGCAGACCCAGGUGUCGAUACGGCAGCGACGACUCAGCCAGCAGGAGCGGCUGUCGACGGCUGCCAAGAUGCGACAGGCCGAGGAGAGUGAGGAGCGAUGGCGGGAGCUCGCAGAGCAGCAAGAUCGCAAUCGCUUGCUGAGGUUACAGCAGGCGGCACGAGAGGAGAAGCAUAAGAAGGCUCUUCAGGAGCAGAACCUGAAGGCCCUGGAGGAGGAGAGGGCGGCCAUGCUGGAGCAGGAGAGGCUGCUGCUGAAAGAGAAGCUCACCAUGGCCGAGCUGAAGAGGCAAGAGAAGGAGCACCAGAGCCAUGAGGACAGACGAGGUCUGAACAAAGCGGAGAAGAGACGCCACGCCGCCCUGAUACAGGAGAUCGCCCGCAGAGAGCAGGAGGAGAGGGAGGAGGCCAGGAGGGCAGCAGAGGAGAAGCUCAGCCGCUCCCUGGAGAAUUAUGAACAGAUAGUGGAGCGUCGAGGGCAGGAGCUGAAAGAAAAGGCCAAGCGCGAGGAGAAGCAGAUUCAGAAAGCACGCAAGGCAGCGGAGAAGCGCGAGAAGCAGCAGCAGCAGCUCCUGGAAGCUCGCGUGAAGGAGGCGGAGAAACGGGCCCAGCAGGCAUCUUUGGUGGCCGAGGAGAGGGCCAGAGAGAAAGCUCAGCGGGCCGUCAACACCCGGCAGGAGAAGGAAAAACUCCAGAGGGUCAACAGGCAGCGAGUGGAGGAGGAGGAGAAGCAGAGGCGUCUGGAGCUGCUGCAGUCCAUCGAGAGGAAGCUGGAGAAGAGCGAGCAGAUCUUCAAGGAGAAGAGGGCGGUGCUGGAGAGCGCUCGCUCUGUGGCCCGAGCCUCCUUUCAUGUGCGAGACAAAGUGCGCGAGGAGACCAACAUGCGUACGUUUGAUAAAAUGGCCCUGGAAGCUCUACUCAAAGCCAGCCUGGAUGAGAAAUAAACCCACGGCUCUGCUGUGGACCCCUUACUUGUGGUCAUGUGCUUGAUGCCUGCCUUCAUCAUGGCCCUCAUCACCCAACAGCUUUACCCUUCUUCUCAUAAAGACCCACAGUGUUAUUGUUUCCUUACAUAUCGUCACCCUAUCGAUGUUCGAUGACCUUUUUGACCAUCAUUUUUUUUUAUCAUAGAUCCUUUCAAAGCAAACCAAAUUUUGCAUCAUGGAUGUAAUGAGACUGCAAACUUAAUCAGCUGACAUAAAUGAACAGUAAAGCCUGUACGGGACGUACAGUGGACUUCAUAUUAGAUGAGAGGAAGAGAGCUGCCCUGUGCAGCGACACAACCCCUCCCCGCUCUUUCUCUUUGCCCUCUGUGCCGUCUAUCUCAGCUACUGGACUGAAAGCUGUGCAGUCAUGAAAAGACUCAUUGUUUACCAGGAAGCACAACUCCAUGACAACUGCAGAGGCUUUUAAGGGAGCACUCCUGCAGGGGGAAAUCGAGCGCAAAUGGUUCCACUCCCCCCCCAAAGUAAAUGCAGGAUCUUUUUGUCCUCGCACUGUGACACAGCUAGAUAUAGCAUAGAAAUAAAGCCCCGGGUUGGACACUUGUCUGUGCCGCUGACAAUGCAGCGCAGGAGGGCCGUGUGCACGAGCCCCAUGCUGAUGAAGCAUCAGAGGACACAGAUUCCUGCUGCAGGGUUGUUCUACUCUCCGUCUUUUUCCCUUCAAGGACUCCCUCUGUCUCCCCCUCUUCAUGUCAGAUUACAAUAAACAGUAAAGCGCUCUGAGAGACCGCCAUCUUUUGACCAGUCGAUCUGCUCCCAACACAACCGCCUGGUGACCGAGUCAAGGUCAACAGGUGCUGGUGAUGAACAAGCUGGUGAUGUAACCCACAAUCCUCCUUCUCUUCCCACACUGAACUUUAUCAAGUGGAAAACACCAAACCUUUCCUCUCAUGGAAACAUCCAUAUCAAGAGUUUUUUUUUUCAUUUGAAACUAUUAACAGUGCUAUCUAUUUAGAUGCAUAAAUGACAUGACAUGUACAAGGUUCAAAAACAGCUUUAUUCGCAUCAAGGCAUGUUGUUCGGUCCCUAUGAACCCUCUCACCUUACCCUAACAUGUGGGCUUCUUUUCUGUAUCAUUUCUGGUGUUAAGUUAUAAUUUGUACAUUAUCCCAAAAUGCUUAUGUCAGUGAUUUACAUUGAGUUGCUGCGUCAAGGACAGAUUUUCAGUUGUAGCAAUAAUGAAAUGGUCAAUUUAACACAAAUAGGCGAGUAGUUUUCAAAAAGCCUCUGUUCAUGUAAAUGAUACAAUCUGUGCAUACAGUCAAAACCAGGAGAAUAAAAACAAUUUUACAAGAUG